GGGGGUUUGGGCCCCGCUCCCCUCUCGUGCAGGAUUCAGCCUUCAGCUCCUCCUCUGUUGCAUCGUUUGCAUCAGUACUUGGGAACACUUGUGCGCGCUGCUGCUGCACCUCCCCACAGCGCAUUCACGGACUCCACUUUGCCAGGUGAUGACAGGCAAGCGCUCAAGACUGAAAAUGAUACGUUUCUAACACGCCUGAAGUCGGAAUCAACGUAGAAUGGAGACGCGCCUCGGCCACUGCCUUUUUAUGAUUUUCUCUGAGUGGAUUUGGCUCUUGACCACAACUUCCAUCCUGGGCGGAACAAAAGCGGAGGUAAGGUGCAUUCCCUCAUGCCAGCUACCGCUCGUCGCAGCAUUUCCCCGGGAACUCUCGGCGCUGGAUUUGUCUAAUUUUGGCGACGCACCAGCUGAAGAAUUUGUUGGAUUUACCGAGGGGUCACCCAGAGCUGGCUUGGACGAGAAGCACAGCGUUGCGGAAUUAACCGCGAGCGAAGAAAGUUCGCACAAAGUACAGCCGCGGUCAGGGGAGAAUGACACAAAUUGUCUGCAGAAGGACGCCGUGAACCGUCACCAGAAACUUUCCCACCCUGAAGUGUUUUCCCAAAGUGUUUCUGACCCCUCUUCGAGUAACAAAACCGAGAAUGGCACCGGUGAUGGAAACGAUGUGGCGCUAAACGAGGACGGGAAUGUGGCCAGUUGGAGACGAACGCGAGGUGCGAGGAGCGCAGAGACUUGGUCCGGAUUCAGACCCGAGGGCGGGGAGGACGCUUCGGUUUCGGACCAGGAGGAGUUUCAGCUCACAAGUUCGACAUUUGCACUCACCGAGGACACGGCUCACAACCAGGCGAUGGUGCACUGGUCCGGGCAGAACAGCAGCGUGAUUCUCAUGCUGACAAAAUACUACGACUUCAACUCUGGCAGAGUAACAGAGAGUUCUUUAUGGAGGUCAACUGAUUAUGGGACCACGUAUGAGAAACUUAAUGAGAAAGUUGGGACAAAAACCAUUCUGAGCUACUUGUAUGUGAGUCCAAACAACAAACGGAAGAUCAUGUUACUGACCGACCCAGAGGUGGAGAGCAGCCUGCUCAUUAGCCUUGACGAGGGGGCGUCCUAUCAGAAACACAGCUUAGCCUUUGAUAUCCUCAGCCUGCUUUUUCACCCUGAGCAGGAGGACUGGAUCUUGGCUUACAGCCAUGACCAAAAGCUUUAUGUCUCCGUCGAGUUUGGAAGGAGAUGGCAGCUCGUGCACGACGGCGUCGUCCCCAACAGGUUCUACUGUGAGCAAACUAAUCUCCUUUGUGUUUCGCAGCCUUACUGUUCGCUGCAUCUACACCUCCAUGUAUCGGAGAAUCCUUACACCUCGGGAAACAUUGUCAGCAAAGAUUCAGCUCCAGGAAUUAUAAUAGCGUCAGGUGUGGUUGGACCUGAGCUCACCAAUACUAAUGUCAGCGUCUUCAUCACAUCGGAUGCUGGCAACACCUGGAGAGAGGUCUUUCAGGAAGAGUACAGUGUGUUUUUCCUGAAUCAAGGAGGAUCUCUGGUGGCCAUCCGACACACACCUCUGCCAAUUAGACACAUUUGGCUGAGUUUUGAUGAGGGCAGAAACUGGGACAAAUAUAGCUUCACCUCCUCUCCUCUCUAUGUUGAUGGGGUGCUGGGGGAGCCUGGAGAGGACACCCUCAUAAUGACAAUAUUUGGUCAUUUUAGUCAUCGAUCUGAGUGGCAGCUUGUCAAGAUCGACUUCCGGUCCAUUUUCCGACGACGGUGUACACCUGAGGAUUAUCUCACAUGGCAGCUACACAAUGAGGGUGAAGUGUGCAUCAUGGGAAUGAAGAGAAUCUUCCAAAAUCUGAAAGCAAACGUUCGAUGUGUCAAGGCCAGAGAUCAGUAUAUUUCCCAGAUCUCAGACUCCUGCCCUUGCACAGAGGCAGAUUUUGAGUGCGACUACGGGUUUGAGAGGCAGACUGACGGGAGCUGCACUCCGGCUUUUUGGUUCGUUCCUUCAGCUACAUCCAGAGACUGCAUCACAGGAGACAGCUUCCUCAACACCACAGGAUAUCGCAGGGCUUUGUCUAACAACUGCACCGAAGGAAGCCUGUUGAAGUACAGCCCCAGGCGGCAAAAGUGUCCCAGUCAGCCUCCCAGGGGCCUCCAGCUCUUCACUAGUGAGGGAACUCUGGUGGCAACACUGGGGAGGAAUGUCACCUUCUUGGUCUUUCUGGAGGAGGGUCUUGGCUCCAUGACAAGUAUAACGGUGGACUUCGGUGAUGGAACUGCUAUAUCGUACGUCAACAUAAGCUCCAUCGAUGACGGGGUCAAGCAUAUCUACAGUAAAGUUGGCAUCUACCAAGUUUCAGCUACAGCGAGCAACAAUCUGGGCCUCGACAGGGUCAUACUUUACCUCCAUGUCACCUGUCAGCUCGAGCAGGUCCAGCUUUCGGCUCCAUCAGUUGUCGUCAAGAACAAAGCAGUGAACCUCACAACGGUGCUACGGCCCAGUAACGUCGGAACAGUCACUUAUUACUGGUGGUUUGAUAACAAAACAGAGCCUGUCGUGACCCUCGAUGGAGCAGUUUCCUUCACCUUCUCCAAAGAGGGAAGUCACACCGUCACGGUUCAAGCUUCAGUUGGCAACACGGUCCAUCAGGACCAAGUGAGGGUGGCAGUUUAUGAUUAUUUCCGGUCACACGUCUUGGCCUUUUCUUCUAAUUUGGACGAGCUGAACCCCGGGGUGUCCGAGUGGAGAGAGGACAUUGGCAGAGUUGUGAAGAGCUGCAUGGUUCAGGUCACAGGAAUCAGUGAGGAUCAGCUCCUAGUCACAGUGCUCCCAGGUUUACCAACCACAGCAGAGAUCUUCAUCGUACCCGAGAGGAGGGCCAGAGACAGAGCGACGGAUGAAAAGUGGGCACACCUGGAUCAGCUCUCUCAGGUUCUGCUAAGUGCUCUGAACCAAGACCUCAUCCAGUUCACACUCAGGCCGGGGGUGCAGGUGAACGUGUACGCCUCGAGGCUGUCGCCAGCUCCUCUCGUGGACAGCAGCGACAGUGGACACAGCGGCACUGCAGUCAUCAUGCUCGUGUCCGUCGUGCUGAUGGGCUUGGCCGUCUUUGUAAUAUAUAAAUUUAAAAGGAAGAUCCCAGGCAUGAACACAUACACAGCGGAGCAGCCUGAUAAAGAACAAGAGGUCAUCCCGACAGUGACCUCCAUAGCCGUCCCGAACCCUGAGGGGGACAAGCUGACCUCACUGGAGCACGUGGACGUACAGCUGGACUCAAAAAGCAGAGGCUACCUGCCAUCUCACACAGACAUCAAGCUCUCUGAUGAAGCGCCCCAUGUGUUUUAAUGUUGAGAGUCUAUGACCGACUCGAAAGCAAUACAUCUUCUUUGGCAGUUACUUCCAGCAAGCUAUGAAACCACGGUCACAAUGAAUGGUCUCGAGUGUUUUGCUACCCAUGCAUGGAUGGACCAGUUCACACUGUGCUGCCUAAUCCCUCUGAGGAGACUGUACAGAUUUAUACUUGCUUCUUGAAAAGGAACAAUUUUUGACUGAAAUACUUGUAUUUUUGCAAGGACAUUGAUCUUUUUAUGUAAAUAAUGUACAUCCAUAAUGGAAGAAGUAAAAGUUAUUCGUCUCAGCUGGUUACAGCUGCGUCUGCUCAAAAUAUGAAAAUAUCAAACGGCAGUGCGGGAAUGAUGUGUAAUAAUAUGUCAAAAAUAUCCUCCUAUUUCUGUUUUUCGGACUUGUGUUUGUGAAGUUUACUUUAUUUAACUAUGUGGAAAUAGCUUAUCUGAGUAAGACAGUGAGGGAAGCAGAUUCAUUAAGCUCUGUACAAUCAGUAAAUCUUAUCACCAGAUUCUCAUCAAAUGAAAGCUUGCAAUAUCCAGGAGAUGAAGGAGGGCUCCUAGUCCCAGAUCUGUGUAUUCCAUCAAGCCUGUCUCUCUGCCACUCAAAAUGUUGUAUAUGUCAUAACAAAAAUAAGAGCAGAAGAUUAUAGUAGAUAGGUGUACACAGUAGAUGAGAAUCUGAGCGAUCUCUGUUGUUUCGGGGUUUCAAAUAAGUAAUUUUAGUGCCACCGAAGGACUCGGGCUGAAUACUAAUUCAGAAAUGUUAAACCACUUAAAUUACACACAAAUGAUGUGGCAAGUGGAAAUCUUUCACAUGGACUGUAACUGCAGCAGCGAUCUUAUAUUUGACUGUCGUGUUUGUUAAACAAGGCAAUGGCUUUUAAACUUGUGCUUCACAUUUAUUUCUUGUACAUUCUGGUUUCUAUAAGGAGAGCAAAAAUGUAAAUGUUCUGAGUAAUUACUGUGUUGACGACUAAGAAGCUCCAGUGCAGCAAACACUUGUGAAAAAAAAGUGCUACAUUGCCACAUUUGUGCUUUAAUUAGCUAUUAGAUCAAGGUUUAUUUGCUAUUCGUCGCCCGAGUUGAUGGAGAUACAACAUUUAUACCACCACAAAGUUAAAAAGGCUCCUUGACACAGUUUUCAGAAAUGUUCCCCAUCUUUUCUUUGAACUGAUCUCACUGUGAAGGUUGUAGUGCCUUCUUACAGGACGACACUGAAGCUACACCCAAAAUUGAAUGGAAAUUGAUUUUUUUUUUUUUUUUUUUGAGGUUGUGCGAAAACACCUUUUUAUUUAUUCUGGAUUGUUUGUCUACGGGGAUGAUACCGGCGUCUAUACAUGGCGUUCCCUCAGUUUACAGUAAUGCAGAGGAGCCUGCUGUCUGUUCUAGAUUUGCCCCCAAGGACUCGGCGGACAAAAGGCUGCAGAUUUGUUCAUCUCCUUCGCUGCGAGGGACACAGAGAUAGAGAAGACGUAUCUCCUGUCAACAAGGCUCAGCCUACGCACCGAGCUUUGGUCAGCUGCCGUCUCUUUGGGAUAAGUACUGAAGUUCUUCUUCAUCAAACUUUUCUUUUUAAGUGUUGUCAGCAUCAUAUGUCAGUAAGACAAAUUGACUAGAGACUUCUCCAUACUUCUUCCCUCCAAUCCUCCAAUUGAGCUCGAAGCAUAAAUAAACUCAGACUCGAUGAACUCUGCCUCUCCACACGGUCAUCAGGAGUUUUAUUUUAUGCUUGUCAUUUCUUUAACUAAUUUUAUUUUUUACUUCCCAGUAAUUAACCUGUGAAUACGAUUGUGAACAUAUUUGCAUGACUUUUUUUUCCCUCUUUCAAGCUACUUAAAAUACAAAAAAUGAAAUGUUAAACGUGUGAACUGCGGUAUUUUCUGUUUCUUGACAACUAGAGCAACUCCUUCAUUACAAGUGACGUGAUUAUUCAGUGGGUUGUUACUGUGAUUUUCAUUUGAUCUUGCAGAAGUAACCAUGGUUGCGGAAUAAAGCAGAAACACAAAAGCCA